AUGAGGAGAUCGAUACGAGUUGCUGCUAUCGCUGCGUGGGUGGCUGCUGUGGUUACUGAUAACGUGGAAACCGCGACCACGUGCACUGUCACCGCUGCGACGGUGUCGAAGUACACAGCAUCUACUACUUUCGCUGCUGCUCAAAUCGAGUAUGCAGAUUGCAGCACGAAAGUUGUGAGAGUGGUUACUGCCAGUGAUGGAGCGGCGCAGCUAGACUUGAGCAGCAAGCAGAUCGUCAUGGUGAAGAGUCUACCAUCUAUCACUCAGCUCAACCUAAAGAGCAACAACAUAUCGCGGCUAGAAAAUGUUUCCAUCCCAUCGACAAUUCAGACGCUCGAUCUAUCCAAGAAUGCGUUUACUUCAUUUCAAAACUUCACAUUCCCCAGUAGUCUUAAGAAGCUUAUCGCAUCCAAUGGCAAACUGAUAAGCCUGCACAACUUCUCGUUCCCAGACUCGGUCACGACACUCAAUCUCGCCAACAAUCCGAUCACCUCCAUUAAUGGAGUUGUCUUCCCAAACUCGUUGAAGGUGCUGUCCAUCACAUCCACAGCGAAACUAGCCGAGUUUGAAGUUAGGCAGACGGAUGCUACACAGUUCGCGAGCCUUCAGACAUUCAACGUCUCAGCAACCACAAGUCUCACAUGCUCCGACAGCAAUGCGCUGUAUCGCUACGUGCAGGACACACUGCUCUGUGUACUUGCAGACGACGUCUUCAACAGCAAGUACGGGAUAAAAAGUGACGGUAGUGCGAGCGGUUCCGUGGAUGCAGCUGCACCAACUCCCACGCCAGAACUUCAGGAAGCAAAUAACCCUCGACGCUCGAAAUUUCUUCUCUUCGCUGCAAUAUCGUUGUUUCUGGCCUGUGUCGGGCUCAUGAGCACCCUCGCGCCGCGCACGCUGUACGAGCGCUACCAGAAGAAGAAAUACACGAAAGUUCGCUUAAAGAAGCAGCAGCAAACCCCUCCGGUAGUGAAGCCGAUCCAGCCAACGAACGAGCUGCAACGCGACCCGAACAUAACUUACUGGGAUCUAUAG